AUGGGACGAAGCGCCUACGUGACGGAAGGUGUGACGAGUGUCAAGUCAAAGUCCUCGCUCUACAGCCAGUGGCGGCGCUUGUACCAGCACGCAGUUACGAUCGGAGGCCUCCUUGUCCUUCCGCUCAUUGCCAGCGACGCGAUCGUCAACAACUGGGCCAUCAACGCGUACCUGGGCGACGGAAAGUUCUUCUUCACGCCGAUCGCAGCCGCCCAAAAUGCGCAGCAGCUCAACGCGCAGUACAGCUACGCGAAGAGCCUCGGCGUCCACGACCUCUCCAAGAUCGGUCAAUGGAUCGCCAACUCCACCGUUGUCCGCCUCGUCACCGAGAGUGACGACGUGUACGUCAUCAACGCCGGGGAGUUUCCCCUGACAGGGGCGACCAACCUGUGUCCGAUAUUUGCCCAAACGUACGAAAUCUCAAGCGUUGGCAAAGUCCGGCUAGCGCUCGCGUCCGACUCGGUGACGUUCUACCGCGGCAACGCGCUCACGCAUCUUUUUACCGAUGACGCCGAGGCCAACUUGGGCACCUCAUCGAUGAAGUCCACCGAGUUGUUCGAUCUCGGCUAUGUGCCUGGACGCACCGGCACGGACCUCCGCUUCACGCACGAUGUGUUUGUUCAAAAUACUUCCCAGCCGCAAUCCCAGAUCGUGAAAUUUUACCGCAUCUUCCCCCGGACGUACUGCACCGGGUGUGCGCCGACAGCGGAGCUCGGGCACAGCGUAUGCAAUUUUACCUAUGUCUACAACGACUCGUUAAAGGCGCUUCGCGUGACCAACAGCACUUUUGUGCCCGGCUCGACGUACUUUCUCGGGCUCAUGAUCUCGCACACGGCGUUCGGCGUCGCGGCGCUCUACAUCAAGCUCACUGCGAUCGCGAUCGCGAUCGGCGGGUACCUCGCCGGUCGACGCACCGUCCAGUGGCUUGAAAUCGACCCAACCAGAGUCGACGGAAUCGGUACACGCGCUCUUCGCGUCAUCCUACCCAAGCUCUUUCCGUACCAGAGCUAUGCGCUGAGCUACGCGUCGUUCUGCUACAACUCGGAUUUGUUUGUGCUUUUGUAUGCGCUCUCGGUGCUCCUCGACCUCAACAGCUCGUUCAUCUUUGUCCGCGAAGUCCACGUGUACAAUAAUCUGGCGCCGCAAUUCCUCUACUCGCUGCAAAUGUUUUCGCUCUCGAGCCGGCUUCUCUGGGUCAACUGCGCCUUUCUCAAGCUCCUAAAGAUAUUCUGGAGCUUGGUGAGCACCGCGUCGUACAAUGGCCAGAGCGCGCUCAUGGGUUUUUUCAAUUUGUCGUCGACCACGUCCGUGUACCUCAGCGCCGUCCUCCUCUUUUACGUACCAGCGUACAUCGAGUACAACAACUCGGUCGCGACGUCCAUUCGCAACGUCAACGAAAGCAUCGACGGCAUCCGCGUCCGCGUCUUUGACGGGUUUUACCUCCGCGUGCUCUCGUCCGUCGGCGUCGGCCUCGUUCUCAACGUCCUCUUUGUCACGGCCGUGGACCGGCUCUGGAAUUGGCGCUACUGGCAGCUGCUCGCGAAAAACUCACUCGCGCGCCAAGCCAUGUACAACAGCAGCUCGAUCGUGUGCGACUUUGUCGACGGUAUCGAGCCCGACGCGGACGACCGCAGCGCUGCAUCGUCGAUCAUGUGCCGCGCGCGCCGCUUGAGCACGCUACAGUGGUUUUUCAUGAGCCAUUUGACGUGUUUUGGCUUGCCAGAGAAGAAGCUCCGGGCCAAGAAGCUCUCGCUCGUCAAUGUCAAGCAGCACCCCACGGCCAAUUCAAGCACGCGGUCCAACUCGAUCACGUAUCCGACGGCGCUGCCGCUGCCUGUAUCCGUGCCGGAUGAUGGUGCGUACAUGGUGGUGCAGGACGGCGACCACAACAUCCACCUCCUCGACGGCCAGCUCAACGACGUAACGAGCCUCGUGUACAAUAUCAAGGUCCUCAAGAAUACGACUGUCACCGUCAAGUAA